AGUAGUGAAAUGAUAGUAGUGAAAUGAUAGAAAUAAUGAGAACAAUGGUGUCGUACCUGGGAUCAGACCACAAGCACACGGCCCUGUCUGGGGGUGAUCACCUCACAUGUGAGCGAGAGCAGGGUGCCAAACGUCAUGUGCAGUGCUCCAAUACUCCUGGAGGGAGGAUUGAACAACUUGAGCCAUGCAUUGAUGGCUGGCAUUGUGUGAUGAACUUUAUGAUUCUCAUCUGGCAGAAGCUGCACAAGGACAGCCAAGAAGAUUACGGCACUCUCAGCAGUCUUUUUGCUCGCAUUGGAUGCUCCAAGGCGAAGAAACCGAAGAAUGACAUGCACACAUGUCAAGCUGCCUUCCUCAAAGUCUUCAAGGGGCACAUAGUGACAGCAGGCUGUAAGGAAUUUGACAUUGAAGGACACAAAGAGGUAAACCAAUCUCUGCUGAGUAGUGUGGCCCAGACAGUGGUGAAGGAGUUCACAGUGAUCCCUGAGGCGCUGCUUGGAGAGUCUGUGAUAGACAGUGGAGAUAAAGUGCACGGGUAUGCUCGAGUGCUAUGUCAUUUCGCCUCCUUAGUACUGCUGUUUGUGGAUGCCUGGAAAGAAGGAGACGGUGAGCGUGUUAUUAGGCUGUGGAAGAUUUUAAUGCUCCACUUUCAUGCUGAGAAAAAGACAAAAUAUGCACUAGAGGCACUUAGGCUUCAAUUUCAACUUGCCACUCUCCAGCCAUACCUCUCUCAUCAGCUGACCUGGGGCCGCUUCAUCAACACUCAUGGCGGCCUAGGACGGAACAUCCCAUGUGAUCUCCACAAUGAGCACAUAAACAAGCUUUACAAGAACAUCAUCUCGAACAUGGGUGCCAACUUUACGAAGACUGCCAGCACUUGGGCAGCACGAUCCGUAUCGUCUCUUCAUCGAAUCUCCAUGGCCUUUGACUCUCCAUGGCCUUUGACAAGCAGACUAACAUCCACCGUGAAGCAACAGCUCACAGCACGAGGUCAGAUGAGAAGGACGUCAAGACAGUUGUAG